AUGCCAUUCCAGCAGCCGGCCAAUCCCCAGGGAGAUCAGAAGUUCAGAGAUGCCACCAAGUUCCCCAGAGCAAAUGUGGCUACUCUACGUCAAGAGCUGGAAAGAAGAUGUAGGGACAGGAGGAAAACAACAGUGCAGAGGAUGCCCAGCUGGCAUAUGUGUGUAUAUCAUCUCUCUUUCCCUGCUUGUUUAUGCCCAAGAGAGCUGGAAGAAAUGAAUGUCGAACCCUCACCAUAUCCCACUUUACCGUGCUGUCCUGACCCUUUCAUCCAGCGGUUUGUGGACACUCCUGCCCAUUUCUCCUGGAAAGAAAGUUACUACCACUCCACCAUGUCUCAGAGCUCACAGACAAGUGAAUUCCUCAGCCCUGGCGUCUUUCAGCACAUUUGGGACUUCUUAGAUCAGCCAAUAUGCUCCGUACAACCCAUUGAUUUGAACUUUAUGGAUGAGCCCACCGCAAAUGGAGCCACAAACAAGAUCGAGAUCAGCAUGAACUGUAUCCGCAUGCAGGAUAGCGACUUGAGUGACCCAAUGUGGCCACAGUACACAAACCUGGGGCUCCUGAACAGUAUGGACCAGCAGAUCCCAAAUGGCUCCUCAUCCACCAGCCCCUAUAAUACGGAUCAUGCCCAGAACAGUGUCACAGCACCCUCGCCGUACGCACAGCCGAGUUCCACCUUUGAUGCCCUGUCACCCUCUCCUGCCAUCCCUUCCAACACAGACUACCCAGGACCCCACAGCUUCGAUGUCUCAUUUCAACAGUCCAGCACUGCCAAAUCAGCCACAUGGACGUAUUCUACAGAACUGAAGAAACUCUACUGCCAGAUAGCAAAGACCUGCCCCAUUCAGAUUAAGGUGAUGACUCCUCCACCACAGGGUGCUGUGAUACGGGCCAUGCCUGUCUACAAGAAGGCUGAACAUGUCACAGAGGUGGUCAAGCGCUGCCCCAAUCAUGAACUAAGUCGGGAAUUCAAUGAAGGACAAAUUGCCCCUCCUAGUCAUUUGAUCCGAGUAGAGGGGAACAGCCAUGCCCAAUAUGUAGAAGACCCCAUCACAGGAAGACAGAGUGUGCUGGUACCUUAUGAGCCACCACAGGUUGGCACGGAAUUCACAACAGUCUUAUACAAUUUCAUGUGUAACAGCAGCUGUGUAGGAGGGAUGAACCGCAGACCCAUUCUGAUUAUCGUCACCCUAGAAGCUAGAGAUGGGCAAGUUCUGGGCCGCCGAUGUUUUGAAGCCCGAAUCUGUGCUUGCCCAGGUCGAGACAGGAAGGCAGAUGAAGACAGCAUUCGAAAGCAGCAAGUCUCUGACAGCUCAAAGAAUGGUGAUGGUACGAAGCGCCCUUUCCGACAGAACACUCAUGGCAUCCAGAUGACGUCAAUCAAGAAACGGCGCUCCCCUGAUGAUGAGCUCUUGUACUUGCCGGUGAGGGGCCGGGAGACUUAUGAAAUGUUGCUGAAGAUAAAGGAGUCCCUGGAACUCAUGCAGUACCUACCCCAGCACACCAUUGAGACCUACAGGCAACAGCAGCAGCAGCAGCAUCAGCACCUACUCCAAAAACAGACCUCGAUGCAGUCGCAAACCUCCUAUGGCACCAGCUCCCCACCUUUGAGCAAAAUGAACAGCAUCAACAAACUCCCUUCUGUCAGCCAGCUCAUUAACCCUCAGCAGCGCAAUGCCCUCACCCCAACGGCCAUCCCCGAUGGCAUGGGAGCCAACAUUCCGAUGAUGGGUACUCACAUGCCAAUGGCUGGAGAUAUAAAUGGACUCAGCCCAACACAGGCCCUGCCUCCUACCCUUUCCAUGCCCUCCACAUCCCACUGCACACCCCCACCUCCAUACCCCACUGACUGCAGCAUCGUCAGCUUUUUAGCGAGGUUGGGCUGCUCAUCCUGUCUGGACUAUUUCACGACCCAGGGGCUGACCACCAUCUAUCAGAUUGAGCAUUACUCCAUGGAUGAUCUGGCAAGUUUGAAGAUCCCGGAGCAGUUCCGACAUGCCAUCUGGAAGGGGAUUCUGGACCACCGGCAGCUCCAUGACUUCUCCUCACCUCCCCACCUGCUGCGGACCCCUAGCGGCUCCUCAACUGUCAGUGUGGGCUCCAGUGAGACACGGGGUGAGCGGGUCAUCGAUGCUGUCCGCUUCACGCUCCGCCAGACCAUCUCCUUCCCUCCCCGGGAAGACUGGAAUGAUUUCAACUUUGACAUGGAUGCUCGUCGCAACAAGCAGCAGCGCAUUAAGGAGGAAGGGGAGUGA